AGUCUCGCACCGCCAACCUCCCUCUCUCUCUCACAGACAGACACUCACUCAGUCAGUCACCCACCGGGGCCACGGCCGGUCGGCCAGGUGCAUCCUGUGUGCGGCUCCCUGCCCCUCCAGCGCCUGACACUCACACACACCAGACACUUUUUUUUUAAAAAAACAAAAACAUAUUUAUUUGUUGCUGGCGAGUGUGCCGCCACAAAACACACACACGCACAGAGAAGAAAAGCAUUUUUUAAAAAAAAAAGAAAAGAGGAGAAUGUGAAGAGAAAAUGGUUUGAAAAAAAAAGGAGUUGUGGGGAGGAAGGAAAAUGCCCAGGAGAAAGCAGGAGCAGCCGAAGCGCCUACCUUAUUCGCAUGGAAAUGAAGAUGAAGCAGGAGGAGAACUGGGUGAAGAGGAAAAUUGGUUUGGAAAUGCCUCUGAUACUCCUUCUGAAAUCUCCUAUUUAGAUGUGCAAGAACACCUUAAUGUGUCACCUGGAAAUAAACUACAAGAAGAGGAAACGUCUCCAGAAAGCUCCUUGGGAAGCACAACUCCCAUAAGGAACUCCUUGGAGCUGCUAAUUUCUGAAAAUGAACAGUUCAAAGACACUUUAGACAAACAGGAUGCGUUGUCACCUGUUCCAUCACCGCUGUUGCACGAAAUGGGAUCCCAUAUAUUACAUAAACCUAUGAGUAGCAACUUGAGACGUCUGCUGGAGGCUGGGUCAAUCAGUGCCAAGCCUGAUUUGGGAGCUACAGAAAAAGAUGAUUCUGCAGUUGCACUUGGUUCAGCUUUGCCUGUGCCCCCAUCAUCCACUCAUGCACUACAACUAAGUGCUCUUGCCAGGAAGUUAGCUGCUAAGCAGGAGCAAAGUAAUAACUUUAGUCCAAGUAACAAUUUUAUGUGGAAUCAGGAUAUUUGGUUGCAAAAUUCAUCAUCUUGUAGUUUAUCACCAGCUUCAGCUACACAGAAACUUAAGGCUGCUGCAAAUGCUGUUCGUCUGGACAAAAGUCUUUCAAGGGAAGAGGAGCCAGUGAGAUUUAGUCCAUACUCAUCGCCUUAUAACCCCAUAGAAAAGCAGUCUGCUAGUUCUGCAUUGGCUGCUCUCUCAAAGAAAGUCAGUGAAAGAAGCCUGUCUUCUGCACAUGAUCAUAAGCGUCCAGGAAGCACUUUCCUUUCUCUGGCCUCAAUGACCUCAUCAGCUGCACUACUGAAAGAAGUUGCAGCAAGGGCUGCUGGGAAUAUGUUGGUUGAGCGAAAAGGUCAACUGAUCCCAGGAGACACCUUACAGUCUUUGGAAGUGAAACAAGAAAAGCUGAUUCCAUCAGUUCCUGUAGAGAUGUUGAUGCCAACAGCCAAACAGAAGACAUUGAAGUCAACCAAUAAAGUUUCCGAGGAAGAGGGAGGAAAAUCCUUCCAAUGUCCUAUUUGUGGUUUGGUUAUAAAACGUAAAAGUUACUGGAAACGUCAUAUGGUGAUUCACACGGGGCUAAAAAGUCACCAGUGUCCACUCUGUCCAUUCCGCUGUGCACGCAAGGAUAAUCUGAAAUCACACAUGAAGCAGGUUCAUCAGCACCAGGACAGAGGUGAAACCUUCCACUGUGAGCUUUGCCCUUUCACCUCGUCUCGUCAUUUCAGUUUAAAACUUCACAUGCGCUGUCAUCAGCACUUUCCCAGAACAGAGGUGAAGGUCAAAGAAGAGAUUACUGAAUCUGAGGUCACAAGGACACUUUCUAAUGAGACUGCUGAUAAGAAAAAGGGAACAGAAUUACUUGAGAAUACAUUAAAAAUUCAGGACCAUCUUUUCUAUGAAACAAAAGCCGAAAACUACAAGGUAUCUGCUAUUCCAUUGAAAUCAGUUAAAGAGGAACCCAGUGAUGUGAAUGUCAUCAGUGUGUCAUUAACAGAUAGUCAUGUGUUUGGCAAAAGACCAGAGGGAAUACAGCAGUGUGCAGCAAAUCCAUCAGAACCCUCUGACCUUGCAGCCAAUCAAGAUGGCUUUCCCCUGAGUCAAGACAUUUCUGCGACAGACUUUCUUCUGAAGUUAUCAGCUGCAAACCAAAGGGGGUCUUUAACUCCAAAGAUUAAAGCUAAAGAUGAGCAUAAAGAGAAGUUACCGCCUGAUCCUAUUCUUUCACCGCAGUCUGGUUAUAUAUUUGGUAACAAGUCACCAGUGACACAGGAACCUCCUGAGAAAUCAAAGAAGAUGUCUGAAAUCACUACUGCUUCAGAACUGUUCAACCAGGAUAUGUCUUGUAAAGUAGCAUCGGAGCUACUGUUUAAACUGUCAGCUGAAAAUAAAAAGCAAUUAGGAACACAGAUCGUUACAAUUAAAGAGGAGCCAAUGGAUCUAAAAAUACCUGAACUUCCAGUCUCACCAUUUCCGAGUCGAGUCUUCAAUUACGAGGCAGUGAAGAGUGAAAGUUCCCAGAAUUCGCCUGAAGUUAUACCCCUCACAGAAAUUAAGCUUUUCACUCAAGAUAUUUCUGUAAAAAUGGCAUCAGAGCUUCUUUAUCAACUCUCAGCAAAAGUAAGCAAAGCACAAGAACAAGGAAAAGACUCAUCAGAGUUGGGUAGUAACAACUGUUCUGUUUCUGAAGAUGUCUUUAGACAAUCACCGCUUACUUCAAAAUUGAGAGAUCCUUUAUCUGACCUCCAUGUGGGACCAGCAUCACAUGAAGCAGGAAAAUUAACUGUCGAGUCAGGGACUAUAACCCCACCGUGGAAAUUUUGUGAGCAGCUUUUUCCCUGUAAAAUUUGUGGGAAGGUUUUUGGCCGGCAGCAGACACUGUCUCGACACCUUUCUUUGCACACAGAAGAACGAAGAUACAAGUGUCAUCUGUGUCCCUAUGCUGCCAAGUGUCGAGCAAACUUGAACCAGCAUUUGACAAUCCAUUCGGUGAAGUUAGUGAGUGGUGAUUCUGAGGACAUUGCUACUGCUGUAACCUCCAAGAGUGGUGAUUGCAAGAAGAGUCUAUAUUACUAUAGCUGCCAUGUUUGUGGAUUUGAGACAGAGGUAAACCUGCAGUUUGUCAGCCACAUGUCAUUGCAUGUAGAUAAGGAGCAAUGGAUGUUUUCAUUGUGCUGUGGCACAUGUAACUUUUCUUGCAUGGACGAAACUGAAAUGAAAACACAUGUGGAUGCAGCACAUGCAGGUGAGAAAGUUUCAGUGCCCUCUUGUCUUAGUCCCACCAGUGAAUCAAAGGCAGCUCCAACUUUUUUCUCAUCAUCGUCGUCGUCCUCAUUAUCUUCAUCUUCAGCACUUUGUGAUUCUGUUACUGAAUCUGAAACCCUAAAUUCUGACUUCACCAAAGAAGAGCAAAUCACUUCCUUCAACUCUCCAAUAGCAUUCGGUGGAUCAUCUACAUCAGCUGCUGAAGAGAAAUCUGAGAAAGGUUUUGAGUGCAUCUUCUGUAACUUUGUGUGUAAAACAAAGAUGAUGUAUGACCGACAUCUACAGAUCCACCUCAUCACCAGGAUGUAUGAGUGUGACAUCUGUCACAAAUUUUUGAAAACGCCAGAACAACUUGUGGAGCACAAAAAAUGCCAUAACGUAUCCACUGGAGGACUCAAGUGCCCAUUCUGUAUUUAUGCCACAAACCGUCCUUCAGCCAUAGAAUGCCAUUUAAGGACACACUACAAAAUGGAAUUCAAGUGUCGGAUCUGUCAAGUGGUGAAAAUGAAUCAACUAGAACUAGAGAUGCAUAUUCGUGAACAUCGCCUUGGCAACCACUACAAGUGUGAUCAGUGUGGCUAUCUCUCCAAGACAGCCAAUAAGUUGAUAGAGCACAUUCGCGUUCACACAGGGGAGCGUCCUUUCCAUUGUGACCAGUGCAGUUACAGCUGCAAACGCAAAGACAAUCUAAACCUACACAAAAAGCUGAAACAUUCUCCUCGACAGACUCUGUGCUGUGACGAAUGCUUCUUCACAACCACACAUCCAUUUGUCUUCAGUCGCCAUGUGAAGAAACAUCAGAAUGGUGAAUAUCUGGAAGAGGAAAAGAAAGGGAGGAUGCAGUUGGUGACUUUGAAAGAAAGAAACGCUGUCUUAAACAGCAGAAAUUCUAGAAACAUUCUUUCACCACUAUCAGUUAUGUCAGCAUCACAGGCUUUGCAGACUGUUGCACUGUCGGUGACUGGCAACAAUGGAAUUUCAACUGGGUCAGCACUUGGUUUAUUUGGCUUGAAUGGUAUUUCCGCACAUCUCAGUAAAUACAGGAACUGUGAUCUCUCACACCUUAUUCCACUGACUACACUUUUUCCACAAAAUAAAUGUGAAGCUACAUUCCAUUUGUCUCAGCAGCAAACUGCACCCCCAGGUACUGUUUCUCCCAAACACUCGUUCUUGGCCUACCUUGGCCUAACUGAACAGGCGACUACAGUUUCUGUGUCAGUCGCAGAUUGAAUAGUGAUUAUUGCUGCAAUACAAUAUUUUUCAAAAAUGUUUAUUAUUGUAGAAGAGUAGAAUGUGUAGAAGUGGCUGUAAAUGCUUCUUGUAUUCAUAUAAGUGCUGCUUGAAUUAUAUAUAAAGUACUUAAAUGUCCAUAAUUGAAUGGAAACCCAAUGGAAAGAGGUAGUUGAACUCUGGGCUGAAACAAAUGCCCAGGCUAAAAAAAAAUAUGUGAUGAGGCAGAAUUUUGCACAAUGCUUAGUCUUGCACAUUUUUGUGUUUCUUAAAGUAGUAUCAUUUUCUGCAUAGUGUUACUAAUUUCAAAGCAGCAGUAUGUUGACUAAAUCUGAUCAAGAUGUUAGUGAUCAGUCACAUUUAUUUUGGCACCAACCAUUAGCACUUUGAAAGAUGCAUGACAUUGCUGACAUUUGUUUUCAGCAUUUAUCAUCUCUAAGCUUUAGGCUGGCACAUUGAUGUUUUUGCAUUCAAUGCAGUAUAAAUGAUCUCUGCACUAUAUUUGGAGUUCAUCUUCAGCCAUAUAAUUGUGUUCCAGUGUUUUUUUUUGAGAAUGCAACAUUGUUUUCAGUAUUUUGAGCUUCUUGUAGAUGCUGUGCAUGCGUGAGUGUACAAAUAUAUAUUAUAAUAUAUAUUUAUAAAUAUUGUGUGUAUAUAUAUUAUCAUAUAUAUUUAUAUGUUUUGCUUUGAUUUAGCUUUGCAUUUAAAAGAAAGGCUGUUUGUGACAGUAAUUGGCACUUAGACUUUAUUGCUAUCUUUCACAUUCGGUUACAUUACCAAUGCCUAGUGUAACUUGCAGUAUGUUCAAAAUAAAUCUGCAUUAUUUUG